UUUGGCGAAAGCGCCCGGCUACGUGCCCUCAAAAUCCAUCGGGCGCCCAAGACACACACCUGACACCACUACCUUUCUCCUGCGUGGUCCGUCUCCUUCCUCCCUCAACCUGUUCUUCUGGUCUCAGUUCACCACCACAGUGGCUGCUCACAUCCAUCCAUCCACCACCACACUGCCCCAAAUCGAUCUCCCCUCUCUCGGGUCCGUAGUCCCUGCCGGCUAUCGCUGCGUCGUUCCAGGCAUGCGCGUCUCUGGUGGCCGUCUACGCCGGCUGCUGGCCGUCACCGUCGUGCUCUCCGUCGCGCUGUCCUUGGCGACGGCGGCGGCGGGAGGCGGCGAGCACAACUUCCGCCGGGACUUCGACGUGGUGUGGGGCGCGGGAAAUGCGCGGUUCCGCGACGGCGGGCGGACCGUGGAGCUGUCCCUGGACGAGCGGACGGGCGCGCGGCUGCAGUCCAAGCAGCGCUACCUCUUCGGCAAGUUCGACCUCGAGAUGAAGCUCGUCCCCGGCGAGUCCGCCGGCACCAUCACCUCCUUCUAUAUUUGCACGGGCGGCGCGCGACAUGACGAGGUGGACUUCGAGUUCCUGGGGAACGCGAGCGGGGAGCCAUACCUGCUGCACACCAACAUCUUCAGCGACGGGCGUGGGGAGCGGGAGCAGCAGUUCGCGCUGUGGUUCGACCCCACGCGGGGCUUCCACACCUACACCAUCCUGUGGAACCCGCACAGCAUCAUCCUCUACGUCGACGGCGUCCCGAUCCGUGUCUUCGCCAACAACGCCGCGGCGGGGGUGCCGUUCCCGGCGCGGCAGCCGGUGCGGGUGUUCGCUAGCAUCUGGGACGCCGAGGACUGGGCCACGCAGGGCGGCCGCGUCAGGACCGACUGGAACCGCGCGCCUUUCGUCGCCACCUACCGCCGGUACAACGUCACCAACGCCUGCGUCUGGGAGGAUGAGGAGGAUGGAGGUGGUGGUAAUGGUGGGCGGGUGCGGUGCCCGACGACGGCGGUGGCGGGCAGUGGGCGGCGGCGGAGGGCGGCGGCGUGGAUGGCGCAGCGGAUGGACUGGUGGAGCUGGAUGACGCUCAGCUGGGUGCGCAUGAACUACAUGGUGUACGACUACUGCGCUGACCGGAGGCGGUUCCCGCACGAGUUCCCGCCCGAGUGCGCCAUCCCCAUCGGCAGAUCGUGAGCUAGCUCCAGUCAUUCUGCUAGCUAGCUAAACAACCUACUACUACUAGUGUUUUCGCACGUGGUGGCAGUGUAAUAAUCGUGUGGUGAUUUCUGUUCCUAGACUAGAUUAGAACUCGCGGAACGGAGCUUCCGUACAUGGAUGAACUGGGGCAUAAUUUGUGCAUCAUUGUUCUUUUCCUUUUUUGGAAAUUUGUGCUUGAAUUGGUUUGAAGAAGAAA